UCUAGCCUCGAAAAAACCAAACUAAUCUCGAGCGCGAUAACGUCUUUCUCUCAAUCAAUAAGAGAUAAGGGCGCUUUUAUCUGUCUUCGUGUUGUAUAUAUUUUUGUCCGGAUUUUAACUGCGCGUUGAACGCAGAUUCCUUUGUGUCAUAAUGUUUAAUCAAAUAUUGCGACUGAUCGUUCGCAACGUGGCCAGAAAUGGUGUUACUCGAUCUGCCAGUACGAAAGUAACAGACAUCAAAUUGCCAACAAUAAAUGACAUACCUGCCCCAAGUGGCCCAUGGAAAGAUCAUUAUGAUGCAAGACAGAAAGUUUACAAUAUGCAAUUAAUUGCUGGUAUUACUGUAUUAGUUGGAACUAUAACUUUUAUAAAAGUAUCAGGUAUCAUCUUCUUUAACUUCAACCCUCCUGUUCCUCCCGAGGAAUCUGAGUAAAAAUAAACAUUCGCACCAUCGUUAGCUAAUUAAACUAGAUACAAAAGCAAUUUGGCCACUGGUAAGAAUGUUACAUACAUUGUGUGACUGUAAUAUGCAAUAACUUGUAUAUUCUCUUCAAUAAAUAGAUCAUAUUUAUGACAGAUA